AUGAAGGCCCUGCUUCUGACCUUCAGCCUCGGCCUGCUUGCUGCUCUACAGGCCCAGACCUUCCCUACCACAGAAGAGACUCGAGAUGUGACAGGGACAUGGUAUAUGAAAGCUACAGCAUCUGACAAGUGGAUUCCUGAAAAGCUUCGGUCUGUGUCUGUGACUCCCAUGACCAUCACGGCCCUGGAAGGGGGCAACCUGCAAGUCAAGUUCAAUGUACUGAUUGCAGGACAGUGCCGAGAGACGAGCACUGUCCUAGAGAAGACAGAUGAACCUGACAAAUACACAGCUGAUGGGGGCACUCAGGUCUUCUACAUCAUACCAUCUGCAGUGGAGGACCACUACAUCUUAUAUGGGCAAUACAAAGUGCACAAGCUUCAUUUCCAAGGGGCAAAACUCCUAGGCAGAGACCCAGGCAUCAGCCUGGAGGCCCUGGAAGAUUUCCGGAAUGCUGUGAGAGCUGGAGGCCUCAAUGAAGAGGACAUCUUCAUCCCCAAGCAGAGUGCAAGGGAUGCAUGGGUCCAGGCCUUCCUCACAGCAUUGCUCCACCCAGGCAUCUGA